AUGGUCCGAAAUAAAGUGCGUGAAAAUCGGUACAACUGGGAGUGUGAAAAAAGAAUCCAUAGAAAAACUUUAGAAACGCAUGAAAAUUGUAAUGCCAGAGCUACGACUGAUUGUGUCAAUGGUUUACAUACACUUUGUGGCACGCCUACAGAUCAUAACCACGCACCCGAAGCUCACAGGGCAACAGUUAUAGAUUUUCGAUCAGAUAUAAAAAAACGAGCACAUUCUACACAUGAUAAACCAUCGCAAAUCUUGCAAGAAGUAGUUAGCAAUAUACCAUUAAGUAUUCAACCAUAUUUACCUGGUCCUGAAGCUGUACGGAAAAUUAUUAAACGUAGAAGAAGAAAAUCUUUACCAGCCGAACCAACAACUUUAGAAGAUAUUAAUAUUCCUGAAAGCCUACGAAAUACUUUUGCUGGAGAAUUAUUUCUAUUACCUAAAUUUUGGAUUAUGGACGGGACUUUCAAGACAGUCCCAAAUAUAUUUUUACAAAUGUACACUAUUCACGCCCCAGUUGGAGGAAUAAACUCGAGAAUUCUUCCAUUAGUUUAUGUUUUAAUGUCAAGUAAAAAUCAAAAAUGUUAUGAACACUUAUUUCAAGAUCUGAUUGAGAUAGGCAAUAACUAUGGUUGUGAACUUAAUCCAGCUUGUAUAAUUACUGAUUUCGAAAAAGCAGCAAUUAAUGCAAUACACAACAUAUUUCCAGAAUGUGUCCAAAAAGGGUGCUUUUUUCAUUUGGCGCAGAAUGUUUGGAGGAAAAUUCAAUCGUGUGGAUGGGCUACUGCGUAUGGUACCGAUGAACAUUUUAGUUUACAAUUACGCUAUAUUCCUGCAUUGGCAUUUUUACAACCAAAUGAAAUAUUAACAGCAUUUAAUGAAAUAAAACAGUAUAUACCAAUCGAGAUUUAUAAUUGGUUUGAUGAGACUUAUGUAAAUGGGAAAAUUCGUCGAACAUUUAGAAAUGGCACAAUAUCUCGGUCUCCACCCUUAUUUCCACCAGAAUUUUGGUCAGUAAGUCAUAACAACGAAUUAGAUAUACCUCGAACUCAAAACAAGGUAGAAUCAUGGCACAAACGUUGGAAGACUUUAAUUGGAGCAGAUCAUAUUGGGUGUUUACAUAUUGUUUCAGAAAUGAAAAAAGAACCGAUGAAUACAAUAGGUCAAAUUGAACUAAUUCUAUCUGGAGAACCAAAGCUUCGACAACAUCCAAAAUAUGCUGCUCGUUUCGUCAUUACUAUAUUGCUAGUAACAAUAUCAUCAGACUCUACAAUGUCGUUCAUCAUCAUUAAAAUCAGGGACAACUUCUUCCGUGAAAAACUCAUGCUCACAAAAUAA